UCAGGUUCUGCUGCGGAGUCGGGUCCUCAGGGAGAACGGGAAGUACCUCCCCCGACAGUCGUUCAACAUGAGGAAACAUUAUUUCAACAACACAGAAACUGGAUUCUUUAAGAAAGUCAAGAGGAAGGUGGUCCCCAAGAACCCCAUGACAGACCCCAGCAUGCUGACGGACAUGAUGAAGGGCAACAUGCUGAACGUCCUGCCCAUGAUCCUGAUCGGAGGCUGGAUCAACUGGGCCUUCUCGGGCUUCGUGAUCAGGUGAGUUCUGCCUCCUGGUACUUCCUGAACGUGUUUGGACUCAGGAGCAUGUACGGUCUGAUUCUGGGUCAGGACAACGCUGCCGAUCAGUCCCGGCUCAUGCAGGACCAGAUGACCGGCGCCGCCAUGGCCAUGCCCCCCGACCCGAACAAGGCCUUUAAGAGCGAGUGGGAGGCGCUGGAGGUCGUUAACCAUAAGUGGGCUCUGGAGAACGUGGAGGAGAACCUGAUGUCCCGAGACCUGAACUUUGGAUCAUAGAAGAACCAGGAUCUGUGGAGGUUCUGAUGAGGCAGAACAAAAACCCGGAGCUGUGACGGACAGCUGGGUUCUGAUUAUUUAUUGUUUUCAAUCAACAGCAGCUGUUUGAGGACUCAAGUUCUGUGCAGAAGUUCUGGUCCGGUCCUGGUGUCUUCUGGAUCAGAACUUUUGCACAGAAGCAGGUUCUGAUCCGUUUGUCAGGAAACCUGCAGAUUAAAGAUGUUUUCAAAAAGCUCGA